UCUCGCUCUCUGAAAACCCUCAAAGGCCCAAAACCAAAGCGAAACCAAAAGAUGAAAAGCCCUUCCGCCGCCAUGGCCGGAAUCUGCCGCCUUCGCACGGCAGCGCUGUCAGCAGCACGGCGGCUCGGCCAUGCGCCGAGCCGAUCGUACGGUGCCGCGGCUCUGCAGGUGGAUUACGACUACUACGAGGAGGAGGAAGAGAGGGAUCAGGUGCCGAGAACGGAGACGUGGGGGUCGAGGAUGGGGCGGGGGGUGCAGUGGGUGCUGAUUGGGUACCCUGGUGUACAAAAGCACGUGUAUGCCGCGAGACUAUUGAAGCUUCUGGAAGUCCCUCACAUCUCCAUGGGCAGCCUCGUACGGCAGGAGCUCAACCCUCGUUCCUCUCUCUACAAACAGAUUGCAAAUGCAGUGAACGAAGGGAAGUUUGUUCCGGAGGAUAUAAUAUUUGGGCUGUUUUCUAUAAGGCUGGAAGAAGGGUAUUACAGAGGUGAAACCGGUUUCAUUUUGGAUGGCAUUCCUUGAACUCAGAUUCAAGCUGAGAUCCUCGAUCAGAUUGCUGACAUUGAUCUUGUUAUGAAUUUCAAAUGCACGGAAGAAUGCUUGCUGAAGAAACACUUGGGUGGUGGUAUCUGUGCACGUUGUGGAAAAUCCUUCAACAUGUCCAGUUCAGAACCUGCUGGCCUCCAUCCAUGCUCCACAGAACUGUCGCGGCACACACAACUAAAUUCCUCACCUGCAGCAGUAGAAGAUGCCCGCAAGGAGAAAUUUCGAAUCUAUGCAGAGCAGAGUAAGCCAUUGGAAGACUAUUACAGGAAGCAGAAGAAGCUUCUAGACUUUCAGGUGGCAGGUGGGCCCGGUGAAACCUGGCAGGGCCUCUUGGCUGCGCUACACCUCCAGCACAUGGAUGUCAUCAGUUCAUCUCCUCACAAGUUGACAGCCUGAAUUCAUUCUCACGGGUGCCUACCCUUUCCAGUUUUUCUUUUUUCCCCAUAUUAUAAAUACAACAUAAGCAUGGCAGAGAGUUGAAAAAAGACUCUUUU